CCCACCCCUUGGAGCGACUCAUGGAGCGACCAUAAGACUGCAGUUUCUUCAGUCAAAAUGACAUCAUAUUCCACCUCUGCCCAGUGUUCAACAUCUGAUAGUGCUUGCAGGAUCUCUCCAGAACGAGUCAAUAAGGUACGACCAAAAUUGCCACUUUUGAAGAUUUUGCAGGCAGCAGGUGCAGAAGGUGAAAUGUUCACUGUUAAAGACCCUCUCUAUGAUAUGCUAAGAAAGAAUCUUGUCACUUUAACCACUGAUACUACAGAUGCUGCUCAGACUCUCGCUCUCGCACAGGAUCACAGUUUGGAUAUUCCAAGUCAAGACCAACCCAAGCAAAGUGCAGAGGAAAGUUCUAAUUCCAGGAAAAGAAUUGAAGAGGGUGAUAUUCCUGCACUGCCCACCUCAGAGCAUAAAUGCAAAAAUUCUAGAGAAGAUGAAGACUUGAUAAAUUUAAGCCAAGAUGAGACAUCUAGGUUGGACCUUGAGUUUGAGGAGUGGGAUGUAGCUGGCCUGCCUUGGUUGUUUUUAGGAAACUUGAGAAACAACUAUACACCCAGAAGUAAUGGCUCAACUGAUUUACAGACAAAUCAGGAUAUAGGUACUGCCAUUGUUUCAGAUACUACAGAUGAUUUGUGGUUUUUAAAUGAGUCAGUUUCAGAGCAGUUAGGUGUUGGAAUAAAAGUUGAAGCUGCUGAUACUGAACAAGCAAGUGAAGAAGUAGGGAAAGUGAGUGACAAAAAGGUGAUUGAAGUGGGGAAAAAUGAUGACCGUGAGGACUCUAAGUCCUUAAGUGAUGAUACUGAUAUAGAAGUUACCUCUGAGGAUGAGUGGCAGUGUACUGAAUGCAAGAAAUUUAAUUCUCCAAGCAAAAGGUACUGUUUCCAUUGCUGGGCCUUGAGGAAGGACUGGUAUUCAGAUUGUUCUAAAUUAACACAUUCUCUCUCCACAUCUGACAUCACUGCCGUGCCCGAAAAGAAGGAAAGUGAAGGAAUUGAUGUCCCUAAUUGCCGAAGAACUGUUUCAGCUCCAGUUGUUAGACCUAAAGAUGUAUCUAUAAAGGAAGGAAAUUCUAAACUUUUAAAUCCCUGCAACUCAGUGGAAUUCUUGGAUUUGGCUCACAGUUCUGAAAGCCAGACCAUCUUAAGUAUGGGAGAACAAUCAGAUAACGUCUCUGAGCAGAGAACAGAUGUAGAAAAUAUGGAGGAUUGCCAGAAUAUCUUGAAGCCAUGUAGCUUGUGUGAGAAAAGACCACAAGAUGGGAAUAUUAUUCAUGGAAGGACAAGCCAUCUUACGACUUGUUUUCCCUGUGCCAGAAGACUAAAGAAGGCUGGGGCUUCAUGUCCUAUUUGCAAGAAAGAGAUUCAAUUAGUUAUUAAGGUUUUUAAAGCAUAGUUGAAUCAACUGCAAAGAAAUAUUAAUUAGGAGCACCAGGUCACGUAUGGAAACAUCAGUAUUGACUGUCUCUACUAAUUGUAACCCAUUUUAUGUGUUCAUUUGUACAUGUAAACAUCUGUGGUCGCAUUGUUUUGCUUUGAAGCUUACAUGGAACUUAAGACUGAGUAUUUUAGAGCUAGAUGAUCAGUUUGGGGGCUUCAUUAAUGUGAAAAGAUACAUAAAAGUCACUUAAUUCUCCCUCCAAAGAUGAAGAUCUGGGAGGGAACAGUUACCAGUAUAAACAUAAAUAUUCAUUCA